AUGGCGCAAUCAGCUCUCCUCAUUGGAGAAAUCACACACGCGCGCAAGGAGUGGGAGAGCAUCUCAUCUCUGUUGACGUUGAAGGAGUUCCCUAGCGGAACCAGAGAGGAAUUCAUCGCCAACUGCAAGGCUGGCCAGUAUGAAGACGUGGUAGCUAUCUACCGCUCUAACACCUCCACCAAGUACACCGGUCCAUUCAAUGCGGAGUUGGUCUCAGUCCUGCCCAGGUCCCUCAAGUACAUCUGCCACAACGGCGCCGGAUACGACAACAUUGAUGUUUCCGCAUGCACAGAGAAGAACAUUGCUGUGUCCAGCACCCCGGUUGCGGUUAACGAUGCCACAGCCGACGUGGGCAUCUUCUUAAUGAUCGGUGCUCUGCGCCAGGCUCAUGUUCCUCUCACUGCUCUCCGUGAAGGAAAGUGGCAAGGCCCCAUCACCUCAGGAGGAAAGGAGUACAAGACCACCCUGGGCCACGAUCCCAAGAACAAGGUUCUCGGUAUUCUGGGAAUGGGCGGCAUCGGACGGGAAAUGGCAAUCCGAGCCAAGGCCUUCGGCAUGAAGAUUCAAUACCACAAUCGCUCCCGUCUCCCAGCCGAGCUGGAGGUUGGCGCUCAAUACGUCUCCUUCGACGAUCUGCUCGCCAAUGCGGACGUGCUCAGCCUGAACUUGGCCUUGAACGCUAAUACCCGCCACAUCAUCGGGGCCAAGGAGUUCACCAAGAUGAAGGACGGUGUCGUUAUUGUUAACACGGCGCGUGGUGCGCUGAUUGAUGAGAAGGCGUUGGUUGUGGCGCUCGAGUCCGGCAAGGUGCGCUCUGCUGGCUUGGAUGUGUAUGAGUGCGAGCCGGAAAUCGAGCCCGGUCUGGUUAGCAACCCUAAUGUUAUGUUGCUGCCCCACAUUGGUACUGCGACUUUUGAGACACAGAAGGAUAUGGAGCUCCUCGUGUUGGAUAAUCUGCGGUCGGCUGUUGAGAAGGGGGAGCUUAUCACACAGCGAGAGCCGGACGACGACGAAAAGCGACAACAACUCAUCACCGAGGACCAUCACACCCCCCUCGCCAACUCCUUCAAGAUGGUCCGUUACGCCGCCCAGGAGAUCUCGCAGGCCAAGAGCGCCCGCGCGCGCGGCUCUUACCUGCGUGUCAGCUUCAAGAACACCCGUGAGACCGCUCAGGCCAUCAACGGUAUGAAGCUGUCCAAGGCUCUUACCUUCCUCGAGAACGUCACCAACAAGACCAUGGCCGUUCCCAUGCGCCGCUACGCUGGUUCCACUGGUCGCACCGCCCAGGGCAAGCAGUUCGGUGUCUCCAAGGCCCGCUGGCCCGUCAAGUCCGCUGAGCACAUCAUCGACUUGCUCAAGAACGCCGAGGCUAACGCCGAUGGCAAGGGUCUCGACACCUCCGCCCUGAUUGUCAAGCGCAUUCAGGUCAACCAGGCUCCCAAGGGCCGCCGCCGCACUUACCGUGCUCACGGUCGUAUUAACCCCUACAUGACCAACCCCUGCCACAUCGAGCUCAUCCUCACCGAGGCUGACGAGGAGGUCAAGAAGGGCCCCUCCGACAAGGCUGUCCGCCUUUCUUCCCGCCAGCGUGGCACCCAGAUCCGCCGUGCUCUCAUUGAGGCAUAA